AUGCCGCCACAUCUUAAACUUGUCUUUUGCCUCUUUAUAUCUUUAUCUUUCCUCUCUCUAAGCCUGUUUUAUUUCAUCAAAAUUCCAUCCUUCACUUACUUUCAACAAUCUGCUGCAAAAAAUAGACCGGUCCAUGUCCUAAUUGUUUCAUCCUGGAGAUCAGGUUCUUCAUUCCUUGGACAGAUCUUCAACCAUCACAAUGACGUCUUUUACUUCUUUGAGCCUGGACGUUCUAUAUGGAUGAAGCUACAGGAUGAAAGUUCCGAGCUGCUACACUUUCCCUUACGAGAUCUUCUACGAUCGCUUUUCAUGUGUGAUGUGUCCCCUCUUCAUCAGUAUCUUGCUAAUGAGGGUAAACAUGUUUCUGAUUUAGGUUUCUUUGAACAAAGUCGAGCAUUCUGCACCCCACCAGCUUGUUCAUCCUUUAUGCCUUCUGAAGACUUUGACCGCGCAAAGUGCUACCACCAUUGUAAAAAUACUUUGCUGGACAAAAUGGCAGAAAUUUGCAAGACAUACAGCCAUGUGGUGAUGAAAUCAGUUCGAAUUUUCGACCUUUCUGUUCUGCUUCCCCUUUUUCGAGACCCUGCCCUUGAUCUUCGUAUUCUGCACCUUGUGAGGGAUCCCCGAGCUAUUGCUUUAUCAAGGCAAUCCCUUGAUCUCGAGAUUGAUGAUAAGAUUGUACUUAAGAGUGAAGGAAAUGAAAAUAUUACGAUAAGCAUGGUGAUGAAGAAGAUUUGCAAAUCUCAGGUUGACAUCAACAACGUGGCUAAUGAAGCUAAGGUGUUUCGAGGGCGAUACAUGGCAAUUCGUCAUGAAGACCUUUCUGAAGAACCUCUUGAGAACGUAAAAAAAAUUUACAAUUUUGCUGACCUUUAUCUAACCAAAAACCUGGAGCAGUGGCUUUACAAUGUCACCCAUGAGGAGGUAGAAGAUAAAGAUGGGAUCAUGACUUUCUCAAGGAACUCUUCAAAGGUGGCCCAAAAAUGGAGAACUUCUCUGAAAUUUAAUUUUGUAAAACAGAUUCAAAAGAACUGCAAAGAAGCAAUGCAUCUGUUUGGUUACAGGCCAGUAAGGUCUGAAAAAGAACAGCAACAUUUGCCUCUUGACUUGAUAAAUAAGGAAUGGUCAUUAGAAUGA